CUUUUUUUAAAAGAAAAUGACAGGGGACAGUACAACACAACAUGAACAAGGACAAGAACAGCAGCAGCAGCAACAACAACAACAAGAAGACCAGCAACGGUCCUUGUUGGACAGAAUCCAUCCAUUGGACGACGAGCAAGUGCGUCAUCGUGUUCAAGCUGUUAUCCAAGACCGUAAUCAACGCAUGAAAGAGGCCUUUUCAAAGAUGUAUCAUCUGUUGCAACAGGUGGUGGAUUUGAUCCAAGCGUAUGCAAACGCCCAAGACCAGCUUGCAUUACAAGAGAUGGAGCACGAACUGGGCAUGAUCCAUAUGAUGGAAACACAGCAAGAACGACUACGUGAUCAGAUUGUUCGCUUCAUCCAAGCCACGUCGUCCUCGUUUGAAGAGAUCUUUAGCGAGUCACCCACACCACCGCCAUCCACUACUGCCUCCACUACCAACAACAACAACAACAACAACCCUCCAUGAUUGUGAAUAAAAAAGAAAGAGGAAGGGGGUUGCAGGUACAGCAACAGCCUUCCGUACCAUUUUAAAAAGGGCAAAUUGUUU